CUCAAACUGAGAAGUGUAGCGGACACUGAGACUCACUCGGCCGCACAGACACCGUCAGACCUCCGCUGCGAGUGUGUGGACAACACGUCUCUCUUGUGUUACUAACUUUCAAAUGAAGCCUCCGCGGGAGUAUUGCCGGACAUAAGUAAAGAUAUUAGGCGACAUGGACUCCAAACGCCAGAGUGUGGUGAUGGAGCGACUGGUGAACGAACUGGGCUCUCUGCUGAAGAUGCUGGACCGCGAGACGGUCAGUCCUGCGACUGCAGACAAAAUGGCCUCCAUACGCAACAUCCUGGAUUCAAUGCAGCUAUCAGUCAAUGGAUCGGAUGUCUACAUGAACAGCUGUCUCUACGGCAACGGCACGAGCUUCGUAGAGUCUCUGUUUGAGGAUUUUGACUGUGAUCUGCACAUGCUCAGUGCGUCUCCCGUGGAGCAGAAGGAGCACAAAGACGAAGAGAAGACUCAUCCCAAUAAAUCUACACCGACUGACACGCCCCCUCCUCUGCCUACUACCCCCCUCCCUGAUGACUACUAUGAAGAGGCGGUUCCUCUAGAUCCUGGGUCCACUCCGCAGUACUUUACCACCAGUAUAAACACCUCCAGGAACUCUGUGGAGGAUGCCUACUAUGAAGAUGCUGACGAUAACUACCCCAUCACAAGGAUGAAUGGACCUCCCAAAAACUCCUACAAUGACUCGGACGCUCUGAGCAGUUCCUAUGAGUCUUACGAGGAAGAGGACGAGGAGGCCAAGGGGCGGGACCCACCUCAGAGGUGGACGGCGGAGGAGAGCCAAGAUGGACCCGUUAAAGACUGCCGCAUCUGUGCCUUCCUACUCCGAAAGAAGCGCUUUGGCCAGUGGGCUAAGCAGCUGGUCGUUGUCCGGGACAAUAAACUGCAGUGCUAUAAGAGCAUCAAAGAGAGCUCCCCUCACACAGAGCUCCCGCUCAAUCUUUGCAACGUCAUCUACGUCCCAAAAGAGGGCCGGAAAAAGAGGCACGAGCUCCGCUUCUCGCUGCCCGGAGGCGAAGCCCUCGUCCUGGCAGUUCAGAGCAAAGAACAGGCCGAACGAUGGCUCAAGGUGGUUCACGAUGUUGGGAGCCAGUGUAGCAACACAGAGGGCUUGAACGGAUCCACUUCCCCCAUCAUACAGAGGAAGCUGGAGCUCGACAAGGUGUUGCAGUGUGACAGACCAGCGUCAGACUCAGACAGCGGGCCGACAGCUGACACUCAGUCCACUGCUCAUGGACCGGGACGGGACACCACCGACUCUCUCAGUAAGCAGGGCGAACGCGGCGCUUUCUCUGAGCUGACGGGGUCCAUGAGCCGGGCGGCGGGGAAGAAAAUCAAUCGGAUCAUCACCUUCUCCAAACGGAAGCCACCUUUACCGGGAGAGCCUGCCUCGUCGUCUGGUCACCACGACAACCCUCGCUGUGGCUAUCUCAGCGUCUGCCUGAGCGGCUCCUGGAAGGAGCGUUGGUGCGUGCUGCGAGGUGGAAGCCUGUACCUGCAGAAGGACCCCGGCGACCAGCGGCCCCCGGUCAUUGUGGUGCCGCUCAAGGGGGCGGAGGUGGUGCCGGGAGGCCUGGGACCCAAACACCCCUUCUCCUUCCGCAUCCUACAGGGAGGAAACGAGCUGGCGGCUUUGGAGGCCAGCUGCUCUGAGGAACUUGGCCGCUGGCUGGGCGUUUUGUUUGCAGAGACCGGCAGCGGCACUCUCCCCGAAGAGCUGCACUACGACUACAUCGACGUGGACACGCUCACGGACAUACGGCACGCAGCCAGGCACUCCUUCCUGUGGGCGACCACGACUACUACUUCGUCCAGCAGCGCCUCCAUAGACUCCAGAACUUACGACGAGGUCUAUGAAAGUAUUGCGGACGAAGACGUGGAGAGCAGAGGAAGCCAGGUGAGACGCCACGCCUCCUUCUCCAGCAGAGACUCUGAGAAAACCGAGCAACAGGCCGCCAUUAAGAGACACGCCUCCAAUGUAAAUCAAUACGCGCGGUAUGGGAAGACGCGCGCAGAGGAGGAUGCCAGGCGGUACCUGAGACAGAAAGAGGAGCUGGAGAAGCAAAAGGAGGAGCUCAGAAAUGCACUGAUUUCCCUGCGCAGGGAGAAGAAGCAGCUGAAGGAGGAGAUGAAGAGCAGCACAGGUCACGGUGUGGAAAAGCGGUUAGCCGAGCUGGAGACACUGUGUAAACAGAAGGAGGAGGAGAGGGUGGAGCUGGAGCUCAGACUGACAGAGGUCAAAGAAAACCUGAAGAAAUCACUGGCUAGAGGAGCACUGGGUCCACCCACCGACACCAAGAUCAGCGUCAAGGCACAGGGCCGCAAGGUGGAAAAGGUUUACAACGAGACCGUUCCCGUGAACUCGGCGUCUGAGCUUCGCAAACGGCCUCCGUCUCUCUACGCCUCCUCCAAGGGGAACGUCAUGCAGAAGGCAAAGGAGUGGGAGUCAAAGAAGGGGACCUAGAGCGGGUCAACAACGGAGUAACUGGACUGAGACCGGAGGAUGUGUAAGAGAAGAAUGUAAGAAGAUAACUGGCACUGAAGAGAGGAAGAAGAAGAUGGAGAUGGAGGAGGAGGAGGAGGAGGAGGAGGAGGAGGAGGGCAGACUCCGACACAUUCUUUCCUCCCGUUAUCUGAAGAAGAAAUCGGAUCGUUGCAAGUACAGACAGCCUCGGCCACUGUAAAUAUGGCAGGCCCGGCUGGUAUAUCAGUGUUAUCGUGGAUCGCUGAGGACAUGAAUUAUAUGUUUCUGCAUGUGUGUUUACAUUUGCACAAGGCUGCAGAAAGUCAUUACAGAGAAACACGUAGCAAAGGGAGAGAGUUACGGGCAAAACUUCCUAAUUACACCCACUGAUUUUAAUCUUUUUUACUCAAUACUUUGAAAUGAAAAAAAAAAAAAAAAACUAAAGAAAACAUUAUUAUCUUAAAUUAUCAUUAUUAUUGAGAGAACUAUUUCAUAUCUUGUAUGUAUUUAAACCUUUAGAAAAGAAAAGUAUAUUGAGUAUGACACUGUUGCUGAAACCAAUGAGUCAAUGUUUAUUGUUGCAAUGUGAAACCGUUACGUGGGUAUUUUGUUUUCGUUUUUUUAGACUUUUGCACUUUAUCUUGUUGUAUUUUGUGAUAUCAUACAUGUCUCAGAAAUCGGCUUUUCCCCUCUCAGCGGAAUCUCUGGAAUAUAAGUGACUGUCUUGUUUCCCUGAUCUUCACAGACACAUGUGUUGGAGUAAAGUUAUGGAAAAAGAUAAAA